AUGUCCAAGAAGGUAAUAUCACCGCCACCAAUAGUAAAUGAUAUCACUGAAACUAUUGGCAAUACACCGAUUGUAAAUUUAAAAUCAUUAAUAAACAAACAAAAACCAAAUGAUUUAUCAAGUUCAAAGAUAGAAAUUUUGGCUAAAUUAGAAUAUUUGAAUUCUUUGUCCGGAAGUAUUAAAGAUAGAGUUGCGAGAAAGAUUUUAAUUGAUGCAGAAGCUUCUAAUAAAAUAAAAUCAGGUUCUACAUUAUUAAUACCAACAAGUGGAAAUCUCGGUAUUAGUAUAGCAUUAUUAGCGCAAAGGAAAGGAUAUAAAACAAUAGCACUUAUACCAGAACGUACAUCAAUAGAUCGUGUAAAUUUAUUAAAAACCUUAGGUGUAGAAAUCAUUAGAACACAAAAUGAAGUAUAUGAAAGUUCUUCUGAAAGUAAUGUUAAUAUGGCAAUUAAAUUAUCAAACGAGAUUGCAAAUUCUUUUGUAAUCGAUGAGUAUGCUAGUCAAAGUAAUUUACAAACUCAUUAUGAAGAAACUGCGGAAGAAAUUUUUCUUCAAGUUGAUGGAAAUCUUGAUGUUCUUGUUAUUGGAGUAGAAUCCGGAGCAUCACAGGAAUUUCCAAGUAUCUUAAAAGUAGUAGCAGUAGAACCUCAACAUUCAAGAAUACAAGAAAAUAAACCAAUCUUACCAACAUCAUUCAAGGAUCGUAAAGUUGAGGAUAUUGGAAACAAUUUUACUCCAAAUGUUUUAGACAGAUCACUUAUUGAUUUAUGGAUGAAAAUUAGUGAUAAAGAUUCAUUUACAAUGGCUAGAAAAUUAAUUGCUGAAGGAUUUCUAGCUGGAUCAUCAUCAGGAGCUGUUGUACACGCAGCUAUAUUAUAUGCAAAAAAUUAUAUGUCAAAAGAAAAGCAAACAAGAAUCUUAACAAUUUUGAAUGAUACAGCAAGGAAUUAUAGUAGUACAUUAUUAUCUGAUGAAUGGCUUUUAGAAAAUGAUUUAAUGGAUGACGAAACAUUUAAAAAACUUGAAUAUCAAAAGCUUGAAAAAUUCAGAGCCGCAAGUGUAGAAGAUUUACAAUUGCCAGCUGCUUUAACAAUAUCACCAAAUGUAAAAAUAUCUCGGGCAAUUGAUUUAAUGAUUGAAAGAGAAUUUUCUCAAUUACCAGUGAUUGAUUCUCAUAGAAAGCUUAUUGGUUAUGUUUCUUUAGCAUCAUUACAAACUCAUUUAAACACGCCAUUAUCAGAAUUAUCUAAAUUUUUUGAAAAACAUAGUUUUGCGGUUAUUACUGAUUCUGAACGUAAAUUUUGUUUAGGAAUUACCACAAAAUAUGAUUUAAUUCAUUUUUUAAAUCAUAGAAAUUCAAUGUUUUAA